AUGCGGCCCAUUCUCUUGCAAGGCCACGAGCGCAGCAUCACCCAUAUCGUCUAUAAUGUCGAAGGCGACCUCCUCUUUUCCACCGCAAAGGACCAUGUCAUCAACGCGUGGUUUACUCACAACGGAGAGCGGCUAGGAACCUACAACGGCCAUGUAGGUGCUAUUUGGACCGUUUCCUGCAAUAAAAACUCAACCAUGUUGGCGUCUGGCAGUGCAGAUAAUACCAUCAAGCUUUGGAAUGUCGAAACGGGACAGUGUCUCAAGACCUGGGAGUUCCCAACAGCUGUGAAGCGUGUGGCAUUCAGCGAGGAUGAUGCAUUUUUGUUGGGAGUGACUGAAAAGCGUAUGGGCUACCCUGGCUCCAUUGUUGUGUUUCCCAUUCACGAGGACUUGAGCGCGCCGCAAGCAGAUGAGCCAAGUCUGACCAUGACAACCAUUGAUUCAAAAGUCACCAUGGCAGGUUGGUCGUACCUCAACAAAUAUAUCCUUGCUGGCCAUGAAAACGGUACCGUCUCGCAAUAUGACGCCAAGACGGGUGAUCGGCUCAAGAACCUGCCUGCACACGAUGCCACCAUCACAGACCUACAGAUGUCGCUUGAUGGAAGUUUCUUCAUUACCGCCUCCAAGGACAAGACUGCGAAAAUUAUUGAUGUCGCUACGUUGGAUGUCAAAAAGGUCUACAACACAGAUACACCUCUCAACUGCGCGUGUCUUGUGGAGGUGGAGAAUUCUGGCCUGCAAGAGCCAAUGGUGCUUGUGGGUGGUGGUCAGGAAGCGCGAGACGUGACGACCACCUCGGCGCGUGAGGGUAAAUUUGAGUCGCGGGUGUACAGCAUCUACGGCGACGAACUCGGUCGCAUCAGGGGACAUUUUGGUCCGCUCAAUACAAUUGCGGCGUCAAAGGGUUCUUUUGCGAGUGGCGGUGAGGAUGGAUAUGUGCGUGUGCACCAUUACGACGAUGCAUUCAAGUCUUUCAAAUACAGGGUUUAA